AUGGAAAAUCUCAACAGGGCGCUUGUGAACGGCGCACACGUCGUGGCGAGAGUGGUAGAACAUCAGAUCAGACAGGCCGUGACUUCCUCCGCCACGGAUUUAGUGAGUUCGCCGACGUCUGCAUUGGCUCCAUCUAGUACUGGCAUCUCGUCAAUAAUGUCUACUCCCUCCAUAUCGUCUAUGAUGAGUAGCCCUACGGAUGCCGCGGUCUCUCCAACUCCUACCGCGGAAAAGAAAGAUGGCGGGGGUACGGGAUCUAGUUCCCCUUUGUUGUUUUUCGUCGCUCUCGGUUUUGGUGUUGUCUUUACGAAUUUAUGGAUUAUUGUUGGUGUUAAGUACUGCUUUCGAUACAAUGCUCGCAAUCGCGCCAUGGCACGACUUGAUGAGAAUGGCGAACCGAUUGAUUUGCAAAAUAUGCCCGCACGGCCCCAUCGACGACGUCGCGAGAAAAAGCUGAUGACUAUGGAUGAGGUAAAUGAGAAGUUCCCGAUGGUCAAGUAUAAGACUUGGGUCCUCGAACGCAAGAAGGAAGGAUUGCCAACCGCAGGCGGUAUUUCAGCACCACCUAGUCGAGCCAAUAGUGUGCGAAGCGUAGAGGGAAUCAUUCCGGAACAACCCUCUGAUAAUCGAGGGCCUAUCGAUGCAUCGGCUACAAAUAAUCCGCUCGAGGCCGAUCGUACAGCACAAAGCCAGCCAAAACCAAUCGUUGGAGAUGAAAAGAAAACCGAUGACCAAGUUAAGAAUAUCUCACCUACACCAGAGCCCGACGGAAACAAAAUAGCUGCAAAUGAAGUGCCCACUGCCACAGCUGCGCAGACGGACAAUGAUACAAGCAAAGAUUCACUCCAUCGGACUAGUGAGGACGACGAAGAUGACGAUGAUCACAUCAACCCUGCUCUGGACCCGGAUAUGAUGGGAUCAUCAGGUGAUACUUGUGCUAUUUGCAUCGACACGCUUGAAGACGAUGAUGACGUGCGUGGCUUGACAUGCGGGCACGCGUUUCACGCUGUUUGCUUGGAUCCUUGGUUAACAAACAGGAGAGCCUGCUGUCCACUUUGCAAGGCUGACUACUAUACCCCCAAGGCUCGCCCUCAGCCUGCCGAGGGUGAAGCACGAGACCCUAAUGCAUCGGCUGCGGCGGCUGAUCCGUCAAGGAAUAAUGGUCGUAUGAAUUACCCUCGGACGCCUGUACGAUCGUUUGCUUGGAGUCAUUUCCGCGAUGCUCCCCGUCAAAUAUUUCCUAGCCGAUUCAAUGAUACACCACGAGAUCCUGCCCAGAUGGACCGGCGUUAUAGGUCUCAACGACCAGGACAGGUCAGCCGUCGGAACACCGCUAACCAAGCGCAGCCCCCAGUUUCACCAAAUGAGAAUGGCGGUAAUUUCAUGACCAGAUUUCGAAAUCGAUUCCCACCAUUUGCGUUACAGCGUGAAAUGAGGAAUCGAGAAGCGCAGGCUGCGGAAACGCAAUCAAGUCCUAAUAGCGGUACCGCUCAUCCUUCAACAACACCAUCUCAGCUAGAAGCAGGACUCCAGCCAUCGACUACUCAGCCCAACUGA